AUGCAAACAAAGUUAAUUAAAAUUAUCUGUAAACGUGCUGCAUUAAUGCGUGCUCCCUAUGCACAAUCGUCAUGGACAACCAACACCAGUACAAUUAAAAAAAAAUCAUCAUCACCAAGUAAAACUGCAAUUAGUAUUCCAAACAAGUCGAUACUAGAAAAUGAUAGUAAUAUAAAAUUAGUAAAUAAAAAACUUGUUUUGCCCUUUUCCCGUCGUUUGAUACUUAUUGAUCGUCCACGUGAUAAUUUACAUCCAAAUGCCAGUCAUACGGGUUACAAUUUACAUAAUGAUUAUCAAAGUCCACAAUGUGAAGUUUCAAUAUCAACUUCACAAUCUUAUUUAUCCAGUGAUGAUGAAAACAAUAGUGAACAUAAUUCAUCAUUUCCAUCAAUAUCAUUACCACCGUCACCAUUUGUAUAUGAUCCUUACGAAUCAUACGACUGGGAGUGUUAA